UUUAGAAAUUAGAAAUGAUGCAGCUUCCUUCGCGCCUGGUAAAGUCUCUCUCAGUUUCUUCUUUACCAGCUACUCCUACACUUCAAGACAUUGCUUACCAUCAACCAAAAGGUAUUGCAAAGGUUGUGCUGAAAAAGGGGAAGUCACAACUCUUUAAGGAUGGGAACCCAAUGGUAUACAGUGGAGCUGUUGAUAGAAUAAUUGGAAGACCACCUCCUAAGACUGGAGACAUUGUUCUGGUGGCCGAUGGGACUGAGAAGCCAAUUGGGUGGGGCAUGUACAACUCAGUUUCUAUGUUCUGUGUUCGGCUUAUGCAGUUUGAAGAUGAAGCUACUAGUGACUCAUCGUCUGCUUUGAACAUCAAGAAAUUGCUUGAAACAAGAAUAGCCUCAGCUAUUGAAUUGCGUAAAAGGUUGGGUCUUCCUUCAGCCCACACAAAUGCAUAUCGUCUAAUCAAUAGUGAGGGAGAUAGAUUAUCAGGACUGAUCAUUGACAUCUUUGGAGAUGUAGCUGUAGUAGCGUCAUCUGCUGCUUGGGUUGAGAAGUACAGAGCAGACAUAGAGGCAUGUCUUGGUAAAAUUGACGAUAUCAAUCACAUAAAUUGGCGACCAUCUGUUGAUAUCUUAAAAGAAGAAGGCAUGGAUGUGUCAGAUUCGAAGGAAAUUCAUUCAUCUACUGGUCCUGAAAGGUCAAAGAUUAUGGAAAAUGGAAUUUUGUAUGCAAUUUCUCUCAAGGGUCAGAAGACAGGAUUUUAUGCAGAUCAACGCGAGAACCGCCACUUUAUAUCAAGAAUUUCAGAUGGUCAAAAGGUUCUUGAUAUUUGCUGCUAUAGUGGAGGUUUUGCUCUAAAUGCAGUACGUGGAGGUGCUGUAAACGUUACUGGUGUCGACACAUCACUUGCAGCUUUGGAGCUUGCUAAAGAAAAUGUUGUACUUAACAAUAUGGAUCCUGAAAGAAUAACAUUUUUGAGGGCAGAUGCAACCGCAUUUAUGAAGAGUGCUCUCUCGAGAAAUGAGUCAUGGGAUAUUGUCAUCAUUGAUCCUCCUAAGCUGGCACCAUCAAAAAAGGUUCUGCACAGUGCAUCAGGCAUGUACAGGAAUUUGAAUUCAUUGGCUAUGAAACUAACAAAAAGAGGCGGCCUUCUAAUGACUUGUUCUUGCUCAGGAGCUGUAGCCCAAACUGGAUUAUUCUUGCGGAUUCUUCAGGGCGCAGCAUCCAUGGCAGGGAGAAAAAUCACUGUUCUAAGACAGGCUGGAGCAGCUUGUGAUCAUCCUGUGGACCCAUCUUACCCAGAAGGUGCAUACCUAUCCAACAUCCUACUACGAGUUCUGUGAGGCUGGUGAUUAAGAGGUCCAUUCACUUGAUUGUUUCCAUGUAAUUCUAUGUAUGGUGUAAUUUGGAAUAUUGCUUAAUAUCUCAAGCACAAAUUGUGCUCUUCUCGAACUAACUUAAAGGCAAUGAUUUUCAUUGAUCCAUAUAGCUCACACGCCCCAAUAGGUUAACAUAUUGGUGGAAGCAAAGCAAUGUAAUGUGAUGUUAGAAAACCUAUUGCAGUUGCCAAUGCUAGAGUUGUCAAUUUUUUUUGGAAUCGUACUGUAAAGGAAUUCUUUGUUAACCAGGA